GUCACGCCCCCGACCAGCAACAGGCGCCCGGCCGCCAGAGCGCGAGAGGAAGAGCGCUGGGAACUGCAACAAGAGACGCCGAAAACCCGCUUCCACGCGAACUAGUCUAGUCUUCCGAACAUCUGAAUGCUUGUGCGGUGAUUAAAACACUUAAAGGUACUCGUGAUCCGGUGUUCGCGAACAAAAGCUCUCGCGGAAGGAAAGUUUGGGAAGGCCUCUGACGUCACGCCUCUCGGGACUCUCGUCUAAUAGCGUUACAGACAACAACAACAACAACAACAACAACAGCGUUAUUAACUCGAUUAAAAGCGUCAACAGAAGAGUCUCGGUGGGACGACAUCGACCCUCAGCGAAGAUGAUGCCGAUGUUCCUGACUGUGUACCUCAGUAACAAUGACCAGCAUUUCACAGAGGUGCCCAUCACGCCCGAGACCGCGUGCCGUGACGUGGUGGAGCUGUGUAAGGAGCCGGGCGACGCCAGCCACCUGGCUGAAGUCUGGAGAGGCUCAGAGCGAGCGAUAGGCGAGAGCGAGAAGAUGAUGGGUCUGCUGCUGCAGUGGGGACAGGAGAGGCCCGAGGUUCGGUUCUUUCUGCGUCAGGGCAGAUCGCCCAACCUGCUGACAGACUCCAGGAGCUGGAAUCAGAAGAGGAACGGAGUCAAGAAGCCCACAGACAGACGGCCGGAGAAUGGAGUGAGCAACCCGUGGAUGGACAUGACUCUCGCAGAGCUGCAGGAGAUGGCUUCCAGACAGCAGCAUCAGAUUGACACCCAGCAGCAGCUCCUGGCCUCCAAGGAGCAGCGCUUGUGUUUCCUGAAGCAGCAGGAGCACAGGCAUCUGCAGACGUCCUCGCAGCAGAAGAAACUGCAGCAUCUGAGGGACGCGGUGGAGAAACAGGAGGCACAGCUGAAGAUGGUGCGAGCUCUGAAGGGACAGGUGGAGCAGAAGCGCCUCAGCAAUGGGAAACUCGUUGAGCAUGUGGAACAGAUGAACAAUAUACUCCUUCAGAAGCAGAAAGAGUUGGUAGUCGCCGUGUCUAAAGUGGAAGAACUGAACAAACAGCUGGACACCCUGAAAAACGGCCAGCUGGAUGCGCUUCACAGUAACCACAGCUCAGUGGCCGAGCUGGACAGACUCUACAGGGAACUACAGAUGAGGAAAAACUUGAACCUGGAGCAGAGCGCUAAACUGCAGCAGCAGAGAGACAACCUGAACAAGAGGAACCAGGAGGUGGACACCAUGGACAGACGAGUCGGUGAGCUGCGAGAUCGCUUGUGGAAGAAGAAAGCAGCCCUUCAGCAGAAAGAGAACCUCCCUGUGAACUUGCCUUCAGAUGGCCAGACAGCGCAGCAGACAGGACCGGCCCGUGUGGCUGCUGUCGGUCCUUAUAUCCAGUCCUCUACGAUGCCCAGGGGCCCCUUUAAACACACUUACCCAGAAGGCACAGCGACUGUACCACACCAGGACAAGACCACUCACCCGGACUCAGGCAAGGUGUCCUCAAAGAAGUUUAACUGGAGUUCAGCCGCUACAAAGACAGGCGGUAAUCUUGGGUCGUCCAGUCUGCCACGCAUGGUGACCCAGGCAUCUAAAAACCAAGAUAACACAGAGGUGCUGAAGCGGGACCCCAGGGUGCGCCCAGUCUCCAUGUUUGAGUCCAUUGAUCCACCGGCAACUUCUUUACGGAAGAACCAGAGCAGCGAGGACCUUGCAUCUCCUUACACUCAGAGCGCUGUCAAGAACACAGUCAAGGUUCCUCCUCCAGUUCCGACUAAACCGAAACAGGCCAACCUUCCCUCUGGUGGCCAGAUGGGAUACGGCAAGGGUGCCCUCAGCGCCGGUACCUUCCCUGGGAAGAGUAAACCUUCCACUCAGCAGCUGCCCACUGGAUCCCAGUCUGGUAGUACUUUACCUCUUCCCUCCAAACAGGAGGCUCCCCCAGCUGCCACUGUACACCCCUUCAGCCUCGAGCCUCCUGGGGCCAAAGACUCUGGUGGGCAGGUCCUGCACAAGCCCCAAAUGCUGACCACCAGCUCCAUCUACUCCAUGUACACACAGCCGCAGGGAGCGCUGAGCCGAGCCCAGAACCGUGGCAGCAACUUCAUCAGCGUUUAUGGGAAACCAGUGACCCCCGCAGGCCAGCAGUCUCAAAACCAGCACCCUGAGAACCCGUACUUGGACUCGUCCAGUGGCCCAGAAACCGAGAAGGACCACAGCGCUGGAGGAUCUGAGGGCGAGCGGGUCCCCAGACCUCUCAGUCCCACCAAACUGCUGCCCUUCAUCUCCAACCCCUACCGCUGUCAGAGCGACGCCGACUUAGAGGCUCUCAGGAAGAAACUCUACAACGCACCAAGACCCCUGAAGAAACGCAGCUCCAUCACGGAGCCCGAGGGCCCGUGCGGCCCCAACAUCCAGAAGCUCUUGUACCAGAAGACGACUCUGGCCGCUAUGGAGACCGCAGUGAGUCCUCCUGGAGAAGAGAAGGAGACGACGCCCGCAGAUCCUCACAGAUCUGAUGAAGCUUCACUUGAGGAAGCAGAGCAGCCUGUUCCUGAGCCUGCGGUGUCCUCAGCCACCCCAGACACUGACCGAGAGGACAUCCCUCCUUCACCACCUCCACACCCGGCCCCACAGCCCCACGCUUCGUUUUUACCUCCACCGCCCCAGCCGGACAGCCCUCCACCUCCACCUCCUGACAGCUUCACGGAGGACUUUCCUCCGUAUCCUCCUCCUCCUUAUCCCAGCGGCGCUGAGCAGGAGAAUCCAGAAGACACGUUCAACAUGAAGCCACCAGAGGUCACCGGCCAGGUUCCCUUCCCACCGGGUAAGAGGACGAACCUGCGUAAGGACGGAUCCGAGCGCAUCGACCACAGCAUGAGAGUGCACUUCAAUCCUCUGGCUCUGUUACUGGACUCAUCGCUGGAGGGAGAGUUUGAUCUGGUGCAGAGGGUCAUUUACGAGGUUGAGGAUCCCAGUCAGCCUAACGAUGAGGGAAUCACGGCGCUGCAUAACGCAGUGUGUGCCGGCCACACAGAGAUCGUUAAAUUCCUGGUGCAGUUUGGAGUCAAUGUUAACGCCGCUGACAGUGACGGAUGGACGCCCCUGCACUGCGCCGCGUCCUGUAAUAACGUGCAGGUGUGUAAGUUCCUGGUGGAGUCUGGGGCGGCCGUGUUUGCCAUGACCUACAGCGACAUGCAGACAGCAGCAGACAAGUGUGAGGAGAUGGAGGAGGGAUACGCUCAGUGCUCUCAGUUCCUCUACGGCGUCCAGGAGAAGAUGGGCAUCAUGAACCGAGGGGUGGUGUACGGCCUGUGGGACUACGAGAGCACGCAGGACGACGAGCCGGCCUUCAGAGAGGGCGACUGCAUGACGGUGCUGCGGCGGGAGGACGAGGACGAGACCGAGUGGUGGUGGGUGCACCUGGCCAGCCGAGAGGGAUACGUCCCCCGAAACCUGCUGGGGUUGUAUCCAAGAAUUAAACCUCGUCAGCGGAGUCUGGCUUAAGUGCUUCAGUGAGGACAACAAAGACCAUCAACUUUAAUAAAGCCAUCAAUCCAUCAACACUAGUUAACUUCCUCAUGCUGGGUGUAGGACCAUCUACUUGUUUGUCCCAUUUGUAUUGUUGUUGUUUUUUUUUUGGUGUUGCUGUUGAUGUUACAGUAAUGGCCACUUUUUUUUGUCUUUUUUAUUUUUUUCACAAAACAAUUGAAUAGAAAUUAGCUGUUUAGAAUGUACUUUAUAUUUGUAUAUCAAGAAUUUUUCCACUGAGAAAAAAAAUUUAAUAGUGGCCUGUGUUUUGCAUAGUGUUGGAGAUCUUCUGAAUCGUGGGUAACAUUUUUCUCAUGCACAAUGCUUAACGAAUUAAAUGAGCUAGUUGUACAGUGCUAGUAAAGUGGAGUCAGAACAGUGAAUUUCUGGCCCAGUAGUGAAUAUUCAGAUAGUGAGUUACAGUAUGUGUCCGGCACUGAUCUCUCACUUCAUCCCGUGAUGCUCUGAUCCGCCGGAGAUCUUCAGCUGCGAGCCGCAGUGCUGCAAACUGAGAUGAGCACAAGAUGGUUAUAUUCAUAUUGACAGACACGGCAUACAUGAUACAUUAUCUUCCUCUGUUCAGCAAAUAUAACCUGCAUUUUUACAUCUUCAUCCUCAUGAGUUAUUGGACAAAUCAGCUGGAGGUUUAACAUGAUCAAAAAAAAUAAUUAAACACUGUGAACUGAGUUCUCAUGAA